GAACGUCACGAGCGUGCUGUCAGAGGCUGUAAAGAUGGCGGCGGGGGCACUGCAGCGGCGGCGCAUCACUGCGGCUGUGGCCGUUUUUCUCGCUUUGUUGAACGUGUUGAAGCUGGCGAGCUGCGACGAGCAGGUGCCGCUCCUGCUGUGGACCAGCGGAGGCAUCUCCCUGCCAGCUCAGGCUCCUCCAACAGCCGGGCACAUCGUUGGGCAGCAGCAGCUGGCCUCCUACCUGGAGAAAGCUCUGGACGUGGGACCACAUAACAUAGUCCUCUUCCUUCAGGACAAGAUGAGCAUCGAGGACUUCACCAUGUAUGGAGGAGCCUUUGGGAACAAGCAGGAUAAUGUGUUUCCAAACCUGGAGGGAGCUCUGAUGUCAUCAUCCUCCUCUCUGAUUUUACCUGCUGUUUCCUGGCCUGCAUCCAAUGCAGUGAUUGGCCAGCUGCAGGACCAAUUGGACACCUCCCCUCUGUACAUGGACCCUGAGACGCUGAGCCAGCUGAGACUGAACGCCUCCUCGCCUGCUCUGCUCGUUUUCAGACUGCCCUACGGCAUCGGAGCUGAUCUCUUGUCAGCGAAAGAGAUUCUCAGUGGAAACGAUGAAGUGAUUGGUCAGGUGCUGAACAUCAUGAAGUCGCAGUCUGUUCCGUAUACGGCUAUCUACACCGCCCUGCGGCCCUCCAGGGAGGCAGCGUCUCUCUCUGUGGAGGCCGGUCUGGGUGGGGGGCGCUCGCUGCUGCAGGUCAGAGGGGGAUACAAGGAGAGGGGUAGAGAACGGGAGAAGCAGCGGAGGAUCAAGGAGAGGGCUGGAACGUACCCACCCGUCGAGUUCAAGGUCAAAGUGAGUUUGUUGUUUUCAUGUUUGGUUUUUUGCAGGUUGGUUCUGAAUUAUGAGAACGUCCUGGCCCACCGCAGCUUCAAACUGAUCUUUGCUCUGAGUCAGCGGAAUUACAAGGUGUCGGCACGGCGCUGGUUCACGCUGGACGCCGUGGAGCUGGAGUACGACGGUACCAAAGCCACGUUUAACGGCAGCAGGAACAUUUACGCUCCCGCCGAGUACUCGUACCGCUGCGAGUCCGUCACCAGCUUCCAGUGGCCGCUGCUCAUCCCACGCACAUCCAAAGACCCAGCCAAUCAGUGGAGGGUCUCCUUUGAAGACUUCCAGAUCACCAUGGUAACACGUUAA